AUGGCAACUGCUUAUUUACCAGAAGACGUUAUUGUUGAAACAUUCAAAAGAAUCAAAAGUGAAAUGGGUGGUGAUGAAGAUUUUGAAAAGUUUCUAGAGUAUUUCGAAAACAACUAUAUCAAAGGCGUGUUUAGAACAGCAAAUUGGUCGGUGUUUGGAUUAUCUGAAAGAACAAAUAACAGGUCAGAAAGUUUCCAUUCCGCACUUAACAGAUACAUCGGCACGACACAUCCAGUCAUCCAUAAGUUUUUGGAAAAAUUGUUGUCUUUUCAAAAAAUUAUCAAUUUGAAAUAUCAAGCAUAUGAAACUAACCUUCAAAAAAGUCGCCAAUCAAACUUGUCGAUUAAGAAAAAUUUGACAUUAGAAGAACUACAAAACCAACUGAUCGGCGAAAACAAACUUGACCCAAUUGUGUUCCUUAAAAAAUGUGUGACCAUUUUAUCUAGCAAGCAAAACAUAAUUCUGUUUGAUUUGGACAUGAAUACUGCAAUCAAAGAAGUCAACGAAGAAAAUGAAUUGAUUGAAAUUAUGAGAAAAAGUACACUUUCAGAAGUUGCAAAUUAUAAUCAUUUUUGCCAUUCAUCGCAUAAUGGAAUAGAAGAUCCACACAGCAGUUUAAACGAGAGCACUCUUGUUUCUGUUAAUAUGGAAAAAGAUGUUAACACUACAAAUGACAGGUUAAAAGACUUGAAAAAGAAAACUAAAAAAGCAACUAAAGCUCACAAUGAAAAAAAAGCCAAGAAAAGUGUCUGA